UGAUAUAAGUAAUAUACUCAAGCUGGUGCCGGUCAUCAAGAUGAGCGUACAGAAAAGUAGGCACAGCACCAUCUGCGCGGGAAGUAUCAUCAAAAAACCCGAGAGCUUCGCCGAAGACGAGUCUUGGAGCUGCAGCGGAUUGCACUCGACCAUCUUUGCCGGGAUGAAUUUGGAUUUGUCGACCAAGCCGCUGCAAAAUGCCGAGGUGGAGAGCCGCCAAUUGACCGGUUUCUUGACCACCAUCAACGAGGAGAGAAACAGCGCCACGACACCGGUCUCCCUCAGUCCCACCGAGGACUCAAACAUCUUGAACCUCAAUUUGGACGCCCUGCAAGGCGACUCCGACGUUUUCUUGGACUGCUCGCCCGAGGCCACGACCAACAAUCGAGUCCCACCGCUAACCAGCUGCAGUCCCCGUGUCUCGGCACCGAAAGCCGACAGUGCCGGCACCAACGGAGGACCGACGCCCGCCAUCUUCACGUUCUCGCCGCGCCGAAACUCGUGCACUGGGGCUCUGCUCGAUAAAAUAGCAAAGGACUUUGACUCCUUGACGAUGGACUCCCAGCCCCAAUCGACUCCGAACGUCGACGUUAGUCCACGCCCAGCUGCUUCCAUCUGCGACGACGCCUCCCAGGUAGUUUCCUCCUCGACGAUCGACGAUGCAUCGAGGCGCGGCAAGAAAUCGGCAACGAAGAAGAUCAAGCGGCUCCAGGGUGGCCGCGACCGCUCCCCCCUUCCGAGUCUCAUCCCCAUCAGGAUGCGCUCGCCCAGUCUGCUCGGCACCACCGGCAGAGUUUCCGAAUUGAAGAGGGCCUUUGAGAGGUCCCCGGGACAACAGGUCCCCACUGGCACGCCCACCGUGAGGAGGCCGCUGCGAUCUAUCGUCACCAGAAAACCUAUACCGCAACCGUUGGACCUUCGUAGGUGGAAGCACAGCCCCUUAGCGACAAGCAGCAGCGGAGUUAGCUGCAGUUACGGCCACAGCAACAGUAGCGGCUACAACAACACUUCCGUUGUCCCCAAGGGCAAGGUAGCCGCCAUAAAGCGCUCCUUGGCCACGAAGAUCCCCGAGAGCCGCCACCCGCUGGUCGGGACGCCAAAGCUCCAUCGGAAGACGACGACGGCCAAGCCAAAAGUGUACCUCCAGGCUACCUGCCGCCACGCAACCGGUGACAAUGCCGAUACCCACGUGGUGCACAAGCGAUCGGCUUCCACUUCGGAUUGCCCAGCGUCUUUCUCUCCCUCCACCUGUUUCACGGAUUUGCUCGAAGCACCUUGUCAGCGCCGGAACAGCCAACGUCGACGUCGCCGGCGCAGCCUAUCCGCGAGUGCGAUCGAAUCGUCCUCUUGUUCCUCUACGUCGUCGAUGUCGCCGAUCGCGACGAGGGCAAGGUUCGUGACCGUCCGAAAGUAUCGUGGGUCCAAAAUGCCGGUUGUGCCGUCCGUCUGCAAGCUUCAGGUGAACAAGUCCGCGAUCAUGAACAGGAGGAGCUUGGGCUUUGUCAGCUCACCGAUCAAGUCGGUCAAAGAGCUGCGCGGUAUUUUUUUGCCUCGCCAGCAAGUUGGAGGAAAGGGUUUUAAAAAAGUUGUGGCAGAUAAAAGCAAACUUUCCAUUCCAGCUGUAAGGAUUAGCGAUUGCGAUAGUCUUUUGCAAAAACAAAGACUCUAACUUAUGUCAACAGAAAUUUUUUGUGUACUUGUUUAAGUUGAUCUAUCUAUUUAUGUCUAUGAACUUUUGAAACUUAAACUUACUUUUUAAUGAUUGUUUUUCAUACACUAAGUAUUUUAGAAUAUUUUAUCAAUUAACGUUAAAAAAAUGCAAUGUGAAAUUUGUAACUAUUAUUGUUAAAUGGAUUGUAAUUUCAUUGCAUGUUAUUGAAGUGAGGUUUUUCUAAGUUUUGUUAUAGAUUAAUACUAAAUCGUCCAAGAUAGUGUGAGAAGCAACAAAUUUUCAAAACGUCAGAAAAUUUUUUUUUGUAUGUACAAGUUUUAAAUCGAAAUUUUGUGUGACAUCCUUGAAUAUUUUGACUUUAAUUUUAGUUUACAUUAAUAAAAGAAGUGAUGAAAAAUGA